CUUUAUAAUGAGGCCGUUUCAGGUGCUGUGUCCUGCAAGACAGGUGAGCUAGUGGGUUGUGUGUCAGGUGUGUCAGGGUCAUGUGACUCUAGGCAGAGGUGUGUAUGUGAGCCAAAUGUGAGUGAGCCUUCAUCUCUGGAGGACCUGGAGGAGGUGUUACAUUCAGCCCAGAGCUCAUGUAGGCACGGAGAUGAGGUGUGGCCCAACCUAUACCUGGGGGACAAGCGAGUACACCUGCUUUUCCAGUCGUAAUUACACAGACUACACAGGCGCACAAACAUGUGCAUGCACGUGCACACAUUUAUACAUACACACCUUGAGACUAAUGCACCAUGUACACUACCUGUCAAAAGUUUUAGAACACCUACUCACUCAAGGGUUUUUCUUUAUUUUUAAUAUUUUCUACAUUGUAGAAUAAUAGUGAAGACAUCAAAGCUAUGAAAUAACACAUAUGGAAUCAUGUAGUAACCAAAAAAUAUAUAUUUUAUAUUUCAGAUAUUUCAAAUAGCCACUCUUUGCCUUGAUGACAGCUUUGCACACUCUUGGCAUUCUCUCAACCAGCUUCACCUGGAAUGCUUUUCCAACAGUCUUGAAGGAGAUCCCACAUAUAAUGAGCACUUGUUGGCUGCUUUUCCUUCACUCUGCGCUCCGACUCUUCCCAAACCAUCUCAAUUUGGUUGAGGUCAUGUCACACCCUGAUCUGUUUCACCUGUCUUUGUGAUUAUCUCCACCCCCCUCCAGGUGUCGCCCAUCUUCCCCAUUAUCCCCAGUGUAUUUAUACCUGUGUUCUCUGUUUGUCUAUUGCCAGUACGUUUUGUUUCGUCAAGCCUACCAGCGUUUUUCCCCUUGCUCUUCUUUCUCAAGUUCUUGUUUUCUAGUUUUCCCGGUUUUGACCAUUCUGCCUGCCCUGAUCCUGAGCCUGCCUGCCGUUCUGUUCCUUGUCACACCAUCCUGGAUUAUUGACCUCUGCCUGCCCUGACCCUGAGGCUGCCUGCCGUUCUGUACCUUUUGGACUCCGAUCUGGAUUACUGACCUCUGCCUUCCCUUGACCUGUCGUUUGCCUGCCCCCCUGUUUUUGUAAUAAACUUUUGACACAUUAACAACUUUUGUUACUUCGACACUGUCUGCAUCUGGUUCUUCUCCUGAAACAUGACAGUAUGAACUGGCCAUGACUGACCCAGCAGAUUCGGACCAGCUCCGCAACGCCAUCUCCUCCCAAGGAGCAACCAUUGGAAGGCACGAGGAGUUGCUUUGUAGUCUCAUGGAAGGGUUCCAGACCUUGGCCGAACGCCAUGACCGAGCGUUUAACACAUUGCUGGAGCAAUUCUGCAGGCUGUCUGUUAGGCAGCCUACCAUGACGGUAACCUCCCAGUCCCUCAGUAACCCGGCUGUUAGCAGCGCGGUCUCCCCAGCCACCCUGAUUUCCUGAGAACCCUGCUUACCUCCCCCGGAACGCUUCGCUGGAGAGUCGGGAACCUGUAGGCCAUUUCUCGCUCAGUGUUCGCUCAUCAUCGAGCUGUAGCCCUCCUCCUUCCCCUCGGACCGCUCUAAGAUAGCGUACCACAUCACGCUGAUGUCCGGGAGGGCUCUCGCCUGGGCUAAGACAUUGUGGGAACAACAGUUGGCCGUAUGCUUCAGUCUGGAGGAGUUCAUGCAGGAGGUAAAGAAGGUUUUCGAUGCUCCAUUGUUCGGGAGAGAGGCUGCCCGGAAGUUACUCAGACUUCGGCAAGAAUCCCGCAGUGUGGCAGACUAUGCAGUGGAUUUCCGCACGUUGGCAGCUGAGUGUGCCUGGAACCCGGAAGCGCUGUUUGACACGUUACUGCACGGAGUAUCGGAGGAAGUAAAGGACAAGCUUGCAGCCCAGGAACUACUGACGGAUAUCGGCUAGCUCAUCGUCUUGACCAUUCGGAUCGAUGGGCGACUACGGGAACGAAGGAAGGAGAGGAAGUCCGAUUCCAAUCGCCCGCCCAAGGAUUCCACCUCACCUCCGAGGCAUCCUGGAAGUCCCCGGCGGCUCUGUUGCCGAGAGAACCCGAGGCUACCCGAGUUCCCUCGAUAGUCUCCGAAGUCUGCAGAUUCACCUCUUCCCGAGCCGAUGCAAUUAGGCAGAGCUAAGCUGUCUCCAGCCGAAUGGACAAUACAGGCUUCACACAAAGAGUUGCCUGUAUUACAGGAAUACUGGUCAUUUUGUGUCCACCUGUCCACUAAAAGACCAUAUGGAUAACUUUUCCUCUCCCCUUACUCGCACCCCUUUUCAUGCCAUCUUGCUGUGGGGGAACCAUUCAAAAUCUCUCCGGGUACUCAUCGGCUCUGGGACCGAUGAGAGCUUUAUGGACGCCACCCUGGCAUCCGAGCUAGGCAUCCCCACUCAGCCCCUCUCCAUUCCCAUGGACGUUAGAGCGCUGGACGGGCGCCAGGUCACCCACAAUACCACCCCCAUCAACCUAUGAGUAUCAGGGAACCACAGCGAGAUGAUCCAAUUCCUGCUAAUUAAGUCUCCUCAGGUUCCCGUGGUAUUGGAUUUCUCUUGGCUCCAGCGACAAAACCCCUUCAUUGACUGGUCUACUGGUGCCAUCAUGGGCUGGAGCCCGUUCUGCCACGCUCAUUGCCUGAAGUCAGCACAGCCUGCCCCGGGACGUCUUCCUGGGGGCUCGGAAGUUGCCUCGGACCUCUCUGCCAUUCCCGCGGAGUAUCAGGACCUCCAGGAGGUGUUCAGUAAGGCCCAGGCCUCUUCGCUUCCGCCACAUUGACCCUACGAUUGCAGAAUCAACCUUCUCCCAGGCACCACUCCACCCUGGGGACGACCGUACUCGCUGUCGGGGCCGGAGACCAAGGCUAUGGAGACCUACAUUGAGGACUCCCUAGCUGCUGGGUUCAUCCGUCCUUCUGCAUCCCCCACCGGUGCAGGGUUCUUCUUUGUGGAGAAGAAGGACAAAAUCCUGCGCCCGUGCUUCGACUACCGGGGCCUCAACGACAUCACGCUGAAGAACCGCUACCCGCUACCACUCAUCUCCUCGGCCUUCGAGCCGCUCCAGGGGGCCAAUGUAUUCUCCAAUCUGGACCUACGGAGCGGCUACCACCGGAUUCGGGAGGGGGACGAGUGGCAGACUGCCUUCAACACGGCCAGCGGUCACUACGAGUAUCUGGUUAUGCCAUUUGGCCUUACCAAUGCUCCAGCUAUGUUCCUGGACCUGUUUAAUUAUGUUCUCUGCGACAUGUUGAACCGGUUCAUCUUCGUCUACCUCGACGACAUCCUCGUCUUCUCCCGCUCUGCCCAAGAACACUUGCUCCACGUCCAACAGGUUCUCCAACGCCUCCUGGAGAACCAGCUUUUUGUGAAAGCGUAGAAAUGCAAAUUCCAUCGCUCCACCAUCCCCUUCCUGGGCUACAUCAUCACUGCAGGGAGUGUACAGAUGAAUCCCGGGAAGGUGAGAGCGGUAGGUGGAUUGGCCCCAGCCUACAUCCAGAGUGCAGCUGCAACGUUUCCUGGGAUUCGCCAACUUUUAUCACCACUUUAUCCGGGGUUACAGCACCAUGGCUUCCCCCCUGUCUGCACUCACCUCUCCUAAGGUUCUGUUCACAUGGUCCCCAGCUGCUGACCAAGCGUUCCAGGACUUCAAACACCGUUUCACCACUGCUCCCAUCUUGGUUCAUCCUGACCCGUCCCGCCAGUAUAUGGUGGAGGCCAAUGCUUCAGAUGUCGGAAUGGGGGCGGUCCUGUCCCAGUGUUCGGCCCUGGACCUCAAGUUACAUCCCUGCGCCUUCUUCUCCCAUCACCUCAACACCACGGAGAGGAAUUACGAUGUGGGGAAUCGUGAGCUUCUCGUGGUGAAGAUGGCAUUGGAGGAGUGGAGGCAGUGGCUGGAGGGGGAGGAACAUCCAUUCAUUGUGUGGACAGACCACAAGAACUUGCAAUAUCUCCGCACCGCCAAGCGUCUCAAUUCCAGGCAAGCUAAGUGGGCCCUGCUUUUCACCCCAUUCAACUUCUCCCUCUCAUACCGACCGGGAUCCAAGAAUGUCAAGCCAGAUGUGCUGUCACAACGCUAUAGCCCUACGGCUACACCCCCGGAAUCCGAGACCAUCCUUCCCACCUCGUACUUGGCGACGGCACUCAGUUGGGGAAUAGGAAAGAAGGUCCGGGAGGUUUGUUCCUGACGCUGUCCACUCUUGAUCUGGAGUGGGCCCACUCCUCCAGGCUUGCUUGCCGCCCUGCUCCCGUCGGACCCUGGACUUUGUGCGACAACGCUUUUGGUGGCCUACCAUGGUUCCUGACGUCUCCGCGUUCGUCGCCGAGUGCACGAUCUAUGCGCAGAACAAGACUCCUCUCCCCAAGCUACCCUCCACCAAAGAGACGGCCCAGCUCAUGGUGCAGCACGUCUUCCGGAUCCAUGGACUCCUAGUGGACAUGGUCUCCGACCGGGGUCCUCAGUUCUCGUCUCGGUUCUGGAAGGCGUUCUGCACACUCAUUGGGUCGUCGGCCAGCCUGUCCUCUGGUUUCCACCCUCAGUCCAACGGCCAGUUGGAGCGAGCCAACCAAGAUCGGGAGACAACUCUGAGCUGCCUGGUCUCCGCCAACCCCACCACCUGGAGCCAGCAACUAGUGUGGGUCGAAUACGCCCACAACACCAUUCCCUGCUCUGCCACAUGUCUUUCGCCCUUUGAGUGUUCCCUGGGUUAUCAGUCUCCACUCUUCCCGGAGCAAGAGGAAGAAGUCCAAACCAGAUGGGAUGGCGUAUCGCUGCAGAAUGCUGUGGUAGCCAUGCUGGUUAAGUGUGCCUUGAAUUCUAAAUAUAUCCCAGACAGUGUCACCAGAAAAUCACCCCCACACCAUAACACCUCCUCCUCCAUGCUUUACGGUGGGAAAUACACAAGCGGAGAUCAUCCGUUCACCCACACCCCGUCUCACAAAGCCACGGCGGUCAGAACCAAAAAUCUCAAAUUUGGACUCCAGACCAAAGGACACAUUUCCACCGGUCUAAUGUCCAUUGCUCGUGUUUCUUGGCCCAAGCAAGUCUCUUCUUCUUAUUGGUGUCCUUUAGUAGUGGUUUCUUUGCAGCAAUUCGACCAUGAAAGCCUGAUUCAUACAGUCUCCUCUGAACAGUUGAUGUUGAGAUGUGUCUGUUACUUCAACUCGGUGAAGCAUUUAUUUGGGCUGCAAUUUCUGAGGCUGGUAACUCUAAUGAACGUAUCCUGUGCAGCAGAGGUAACUCUGGGUCUUCCAUUCCUGUGGCGGUCCUCAUGAGAGCCAGUUUCAUCAUAGCACUUGAAGAAACAUUAAAAGUUCUUGAAAUUUUCCAUAUUGACUGACCUUCAUGUCUUAAAGUAAUGAUGGACUGUCGUUUCUCUUUGCUUAUUUGAGCUGUUCUUGCCAUAAUAUGGACUUGGUCUUUUACCAAGUAGGGCUAUCUUCUGUUUACCCCCCCUACAUUGUCACAACACAACUGUUUGGCUCAAACGCAUUAAGAAGGAAACAAAUUCCACAAAUUAGUUUUUAAGAAGGCACAGCUGUUAAUUGAAAUGCAUUCCAGGUGACUACCUCAUGAAGCUGGUUGAGAGAAUGCCAAGAGUGUGCAAAGAUAUUAUCAAGGCAAAGGGUGGUUAUUUGUUUAACACUUUUUUGGUUACUACAUGAUUCCAUAUGUGCUAUUUCAUAGUUUUGAUGUCUUCACUAUUAUUCUACAAUGUAGAAAAUAGUAAUAAUGAAGAAAAACCAUUGAAUGAGUAGGUUUUCUAAAACUUUUGACCGGUAGUGUAUAUACUCAUAGAACGCUGGUCACCUCACAUUCUGUUUAUAUACUGUUGUUUACUCACUGUGUAUGUAUAUACUGUAUUCUCGACAUAAGUAGCCUUGCAUGAGCUUUGGCUUGAGCGAGCCGGAACAUCUCAUAGGGCAGGAGCCUAUCUAAUGUUUCUGUAGAGUGAGGCAGCUUGAUGUACAAGUACACCCCCUGGACAGGACGCUAGUCUAUCACAGGGCCUUACCCCCAAUCUAUCUCCUUAAUUCUUAAUCAGGUCCCAUUUUUACAUUCUUUGGUAUGACUCUGUAUUCUCAACAUAGCUCAUUCUAAUAUACCUACUACUGUACAUACCAUUUUCUUCCAAACUAUAUACUGUCUAUACACACACCAUGAUUAUGUCCCAUGCUCACUCUAAUAUAUCUACUCUGGAUUGAUAAUUGGACUCGUUCACUAAUUUCUUGAUUUCUUGUUUCGAUUUUUCAUUAUUUGAGUAAUUGUAUUGUAUUUGCGAAACAUUCUACUGCACUGUUGGUGCUAGUAACCCAAGCAUUUUGCUGCACCUGCUAUAACACCUGCAAAUCUGUGUACUCGACCAAUAAACUUUGAUUUGAUUUGACCACGUAUGUUUGGAUGUGGUGUGUGUGAUGGUGUGUUGUUUGUCUCAGCUGGGCGAUUCCUCGCCAGACGGAGUAGAACAGAUUUCUGGUAUCUCAGAUUGUUCUGGCAAUUCUCACAUAGAAACUUCAUUGGAAGGAAGGAUGUUUGACAGGAUUUUCUAAUUUGUAUCACAAACCUAUUUUUGAGAAAACCAUUAUGAAAUGGCAAUUCUAGGCCCUUUUAGACCCAAAAAAUAUCUUUGGGUAUUGCCUAGCUACAUGAUAGGAAUGGACUGUGUAUAUGUGUGUAUGUGUGUGUGUAUGCGUGUGUGUGACUGAUGUGUGACUGUGUAUGUGUUAUUGUGUUCCCUAGGCAAGGUCGGCUGCGUUGGUCCUAGCCUUCCUCAUGACCCAUCAUCAUCAUUCUCUCAUGGCAGCCGUCCGUCUGGUGCAGCAGAAACGAUGGGUCAUCCCCAACAGAGGAUUCCUAAAGCAGCUCAUUAACCUGGACUACACUCUUCAGAAAGAGAGAAGGGAUGGAAUACACACACACACAAAUUAUAAACACGCAUACACAGUACACACACACACACACCUCCUUUCCCCUCCAUUCCUCCCUCCCUCCAUUCAUCUGAUGACCUGUGACAUAAUGCCUGUUACAUGACUCUUUCUUUCCCUUUCUUUGUUAAUCCAUCUUUCUCCUAUCUCCAUUUCCAUCCUUAAUUUUUCUACCCCGUAUUGUAUCCUCUCUCUCUGAUGAAUAUAUAUAUAGAGAGAGAGAGACAGAGAGAGAGAGAGAGAGAGAGUGAGGCAGACAGACAGAGAGAGAGAGAAAGAAACAGAGCGAAAGAAAGAACAGGCUGAACCCAGAGCUAAAUCGGGGGACAACCAGUAGCCACCUGCUUAUGUCCCUCACCCCCCCCCCCCCCCCCCACACACACACACACCCUCGCCUGCUGGAGAUGGUCACACAGGUCCAGAGGGCUACAGUAGUUGAGUCAGUCAAAGUGGUGCCACUGUGUAGGGAGAAUGUCAAAGGGAGAGCAGCAAGACCUGGUGGCUAUUAAAGAACUAGAGUCGAUCCUGGAGUCCUGCAAGCUUGAACUGACACCACUAGAUGAGGUCUGGCCUAAUCUCUACAUCGGAAACGUGUAAGUUUGUGUUUCUUAUUUUUAGUUCUUUUUUUAAAUUCCCUUACCCCUGCCCUUGGGUUGGAUGGGUUUUAGAUGGGUUUUAGAAAUACGGUAAUAGUGAUAAUACUAGAUGAAAUAUGUUGGAACCCCCUAUACAAUCCUUUGGGUUCUAUAGAAGUAUGAGUAAGAGCUAAAAGGUAGAGGCUGGGGGUCAGGGCUAGAGGUUGAUUUGGAAUUCAGCAUCUCAGGUUCCUAUAGUGGGCUCUAUUUCCCUAUUGAACACUGCUGAACACUACUAAACCUUACUUAACACUGUUAAACACAUACUGAACAUGGAAUUACUGAACAUUUUUUAUUUUUAAACUACUGCAUUAAUUUAUCGCCUAAAUCUUGUCUAUAUUAUUCCAGGCUGUUCACUGAUUAAUCCGUUCUCUGCAGGUUAUUUCUGGUCAAACAGUUAUGCAAUCUCACGUUUCACAUUCACCCCCCCCCAUACCUUUCCCUUAGGGCCAUAGCUCAGAACAGAGGUGCAUUGAAGAAGCUUGGUAUCACACACAUCCUGAACGCAGCUCACUUUAAGCAGGGUAGCAUUGGUGACCAGGAUUACUAUGGAAACGCCUGUGUGUACUGUGGCUUCCCUACAGAAGACUCAUCCCAUUUUGACCUCAGCCAGUACUUUAAACCUGCAGCUGACUUCAUACAUAACGCCCUGAAGACUAAAGAUGGUAGGGGCACUUUAAUGCAUGUGUUUACUGUAUGUGUUUGUGUUUACUGUAUGUGUUGUAUGUGUUUACAUUACUGAAUGUUUUUACUGUGUUAAUGUACUGUAUGUGUUUACAUUACUGAAUGUGUUUAUUUUUUUUACAUUUUAGUCAUUUAGCAGACGCUCUUAUCCAGAGCGACUUACAGUUAGUGAAUACAUAUAUUUUUUAUACUGGCCCCCCGUGGGAAGCGAACCCACAACCCUGGCGUUGCAAACGCCAUGCUCUAUCAACUGAGCUACAUCCCUGCCAGCCAUUCCCUCCCCUACCCUGGACAACGCUGGGCCAAUUGUGCGCCGCCCAUGAGUCUCCCGGUCGCGGCCGGCUGCGACAGAGCCUGGAUUCGAACCAGGAUCUCUAGUGGCACAGUUAGCACUGUGAUGCAGUGCCUUAGACCACUGCGCCACUCAGGAGCAGUGUACUGUAUGUGUUUACAUUACUGAAUGUGCCUACUUCUUUACAGUUUAUUUAAGACUCUCUAGGGACAGUUGAGUUCCUUCAUCAAACUCUGCCUCUCCCUUCAUUCCCUCUAUUCCCACACUCUCUCUAUCCUCUCCAGGGAAGGUGUUGGUGCAUUGCAUCAUGGGUAUAAGUCGUUCCGCCACGCUGGUGCUGGCGUUCCUGAUGAUGCACUGUCGUCUGCCACUUCGCACCGCGCUCAAACAUGUGACCCAGCGACGCGCCAUCUACCCCAACAGACACUUCCUGUCACUACUGCUCACCCUCGACACACAGCUCACACGCAAGAGGAGACUAUGUCCCCUUCUCUGACAGUCCUUCUCUCAUCCCUAUCUCCUCCCAUCCCGCUCUCCUCUCACCUCAUCCGUCUCUCCUCUUAUCCAUCUAUCCAUCUCACACACAAUCCUUUAUACUGGUUGAAAAUAUGUAGUUGUAGGACUUUUACAAUAGGUACAAACUGGUAUUAAAUCACAGCAUGUUGUAUAUACUGUAAAUUACCAUAUCAUGCGGUAGCAGGAUUCCCUGGAGAGAAUGUCAAUGCUCAGUGUCUUUUAAAAUCUAAAAUAUCAAAAGAAUUUGAACUUUUCAACAUUCCUGUGCUAGCCAGUGGUGAUAGUUGAGCCUGCUGUGAGUUGUGCAGCUGAGCAUUGUCUCCUGGGAAUCUAUACAUUGAAACACUAAUAAUGAGAUUACAAAAUUAAAAAGGUAUUUUUGUUCCA